UUGGAGGUCCUGAAAUGGCACCAUCUCCUUUUACUCAUCAUGAUAUUGAAUCAGAUAGUACAAUCGAAAGUGACUCCAGUUUUGAAGAACAUUUAGAAGAAGAUUAUGAAGAAACUGAUGUCACCAAUUAUGAAAUAG